AUGUGCCAAAACGUCUUCUACACCUACUCGUGCAGCCACAUGGAGUGUGUGACCUAUCGCUGCCUCAAAUGCAACGAUACAGCCAGGUCCAUAUGCAUGCAUCGGCAAGAGCCUCGGUACACGACGCUCGGGGACCAGGUGUGCCACGACUGCAAUGAGACAAGCAAGCAGCGUCACCAUCGCGGUCGAGCUCGCCGAGGGCACCGCCUACGGGAGCAGAUGGAAGAUGAGCUUCAGGCCGAAUCUCAGGCCCGAGGCCACCUAAUCGAGGCUCAGACUGCUGUGUAUGAGCAGGGCUUUCUUGAGUCUCAGCACCAUCACCGCGAAUCCCGGCAGGCUGAGCGUGCUCAACAGGCACAACAACCCCAGACUCGCCAGCAGCCGCAGAUGCGGCAGGAUGCACAGUCGUCUUCUCCUGACGGCAAGACCAUCCGUCCUCUAGAGUCGAACAAGCUGGGUAACAUGCAAUUCCAUGGCGCGGGCGAUGCAGUGGACCUGCCACCCCACGGCUUGUACCAGUUCUACACAGGUCAGUGA